AUGUCGGGUAAUCGAAACUACGACUUCUUAAUUAAACUACUCCUAAUCGGCGAUUCAGGAGUAGGCAAAUCGUGCUGUCUGCUUCGGUUCAGCGAAGACUCAUUCACACCGUCCUUCAUCACGACUAUCGGCAUCGACUUUAAGAUCCGCACGAUCGAGCUCGAUGGUAAGCGCGUGAAGCUGCAGAUCUGGGAUACUGCUGGCCAGGAGCGAUUCCGAACUAUCACGACGGCUUAUUAUCGCGGCGCGAUGGGCAUCCUCUUGGUUUACGAUGUCACAGACCAACGAUCUUUCGAGAACAUCCGAACAUGGUUCGCAAACGUAGAGCAGCACGCCACGGAAGGCGUUAACAAGAUCCUCAUCGGCAACAAGUGCGACUGGGAAGAGAAGCGCGUGGUGUCGACGGAACAAGGCGAGGCGCUUGCCAAGGAGCUCGGCAUCCCCUUUCUCGAGGUAUCCGCCAAGAGCAAUAUCAACAUCGACAAGGCCUUCUACAGUCUCGCCGGCGACAUCAAGAAGCGUCUCACCGACAUUAGCCCCGCGCAGCAGGCCGCAGCGGCCGGUGGCCAGGGCGUCAACGUGUCCUCGGGACAGAGCAGCGGCCUAGGCAAGUGCUGCUAA